AUGUAUGACAUAGAAACGAUGAAGCGAGGAACGUAUCGAGUCCAAAACAAGUUUUAUAAACGAACCUGCAUUCAGUUUGUUCCUACAAAGCAGGACAGCAACAAAUGUGGUUGUGGGCUUCGCAAAAACGAACACAGGCAAGAAGCACUGCGCAUGAUAACGAGCAGUGAGUUCGUCUGGGAUCCUAUCACCAACUCGGUAUGGGAGCCCACGGACGCUUAUGGUCAGCUGGAGUUUACUGGCGCGGGACAAACAAGCCGAGCCAAGUAUAUCCGUAUUGCUCAUGACACGAAGGCAGCAGACGUACUGGAGAUGGUCUUGGUUGGAGAAUGGAAACUCAAACUGCCCAAACUACUGAUAUCAGUGACAGGAGGUGCGAAGAGCUUCGUGUUGCAUCCCAAACUGAAACAAGUUAUGCGUCAGGGACUAUUAAAGGCAGCCCGCACUACAGGCGCAUGGAUCUUUACGGGUGGAACAAACACUGGUGUAAUGAAACACGUCGGCGAGGCCGUACGAGGACAUACCGCGACGUCUCAUUCGUCUAUAGAUACGUAUGAACCGCUGCAUUUGAUAGGGAUUGCCACGUGGGGCAUCGUGGAACACAGGGAUACACUCGUGGGGAAAAAGGGAACUGUGCCGUACCAUAUGACGUCAAGUAUGACGUCAGGAGGGGCGUGCCUUGAUAACAACCACACCCAUUUCAUCCUGGUUGAUGAUGGAACGAAUGGGAAAUAUGGAAAAGAAAUCGCAUUCCGAGCGUCGCUGGAAAAUGUCAUUUCUAAGAAGAAAAUUUCAGAAGACAAGUCUUAUGGGAUCCCUGUGGUGCUGCUGGUUCUCGAGGGAGGACCAAAUACUAUUCUGACAGUCUUGGAGUCGGUCACCAGGAGCCCAGCUGUGCCUGUGGUCAUCGCUGAGGGCAGCGGUCGUGCUGCAGAUAUCCUUGCGUUUGCGCAUCGAUUUGUGAUUGACAAUGACGGUCCUGAAAUAACAGAAUUUCAAGAUGUGGUUGAACAUCGACAGCUGGUGGAAAAGAUUGUUCAAGCCUACCCAGAAGUAAAUGAGGAAGAGGGGGUGUUGGAUAUUUACAAAAAUGUCCUGAAGUGCGUCGGGAAAAAAAGAUACAUAACCAUUUUUCGUGUUGAUGAAGAAGGUGUUGAUAUCGAUAGAGCAAUCCUGAAGGCCUUACUCAAAGCUCAACACGCUUCAUCCGCUGACCAGCUGAGCCUCGCGUUAGUCUGGAACAGAGUCGACAUUGCAAUGUCUGAGAUUUUUGUAGACAAUCAAAGAUGGCAGAUGGAGGAGCUAGAAUCAGCCAUGAUGGACGCCUUGUCAAAUGAUCGUGUGGAGUUUGUUAGUCUUUUGCUUGAAAACGGAGUCAGUAUUGGACACUUUCUUACGAUGAAAAGAUUACUAGAUCUUUACAGAGAGCGGUCCAAAGUAAGCUUCGCUUUUCAGCAAAUCAUCGGCGAGUACAAAUUGAGGACGGGGUUCUUUCUGUCGGACAUCAACGACAUCAUAAACAAAAUGCUCGGGGGAAGCCGACAGAACGGAAGCGACGGGAUCUCGGUCACCAUGGGUUUGAAAGAGAGCGGCUUUGGUCUGUUAAAGUCACCACAUUUUAGGACUACGAUAGAGCAUUUCACGAACCCUUACAACGAGCUCUUCUUGUGGGCCGUGUUGUGCAACAUGCAGAAGAUGGCGCUGUUCAUGUGGGAACGAGGUGAUAACAACCUCGCGCGGGCGCUGGUUGGCGCGAAAAUCUACAUGGAAAUGGCGGGAAAAAUAGAGGGAGAUGAACUGAGGAACGAUGUGUAUGAACAAGUUAUUGAGCAUGCGCAGGAAUUCAAAGACGUAGCCCUCGCUCUUCUUGACGAAUGCUAUCGAGCAAACGAACAUGCUGCGCAGAAGCUGCUCACCUACAACCUGAAGGACUGGUGUGGACACUCGUGCCUGUCUCUCGCGGUUGGCUUGAACCACGAGGAGUUUGUUGCACACGUGACUUGUCAGAGUCUGCUAUCAGAGAUCUGGAUGGGUGCGAUAAAGAACCUAUGCAUGCCAUCUUUCAUGGUGAUUCUGGGAAUCAUUGUUCCACCCACCAUUUGUUGCAUGGAGUUCAAGACGAAGAGACGGCUAUCGCUGUUACCAGUCACCAUGGUGGGACAUCAAAAUGAUAUCGAGCAGACUGACAGAUAUUCUGCUGACUCAAGUGAAGAGGGAGAGGAGCAAGAUUCUCUGACGAAGAGAGACUCGAAGAGGUCGAGACACAGGGUUAAAAGCACUGAACGGAAAAAUCGUGCCAACAAGUACACCAUUGCACCUAGCGACAGCUCAAUGUCCCAGUACAGUGUGAAGAAGCUAAGCGUUGGAAGAAAGUUCCUGGAGUUUUACCGAGCACCUAUCACCAAGUUUUGGGCCAACGUGGUGACGUAUAUGAUGUUUCUGAUGUUGUUCAGCUACGUCAUCUUGGUGAACGAGCAUGGUUCUUCACUGAUUGCAGAGACUGUACUCAUUGUGUUUGUUUGUUCUCUCUGCACGGAGGAAAUAAGACAGAUCAUUCAGUCAGACCCGUUUGGAACAGAAAGCAGACUCGGAGCCUGGGCGUCAAGCAAAUGGAAUAUCUGUGAUGGGAUUGCUGUGUUGCUCUUCUUCGUGGGCAUGGGACUGAGGUUCCACUCCUCUACCGCUUACAUAGGUCACGUGAUCUACAGCCUCGACAUCAUGCUGUGGAUCAUUCGCUUAUUAGACAUUUUUUCAGUCAGCAAGCACUUAGGUCCAUACGUGGUUAUGAUUGGUCGAAUGACCAUCGACAUGUUGUACUUUUUGGUUAUAAUGGUGGUAUUCUUGCUGGCGUAUGGCGUCGCUCAACAGGCCAUUUUGUUCCCAAAGCAAAAACCAACUUGGAACAUAAUCUCUAUGAUCUUAUUCAGGCCGUAUUUCCAGACGUAUGGAGAGCUCUUUAUCACUGAUCCACUGCAACGUGAGUAACUUGAUAAUACGACAACAGAGUUCAGUACGCCAAGAUAUGAUGAAUACAGUGGACCCAUCUCAACACUCAUCUUGGCCUUCUAUCUACUGGUGGCGAACAUCCUCCUACUCAAUCUGCUGAUUGCUAUUUUCAACAACACAUUCUCUGAAGUCCAAGCCAACUCGAAUCAAAUCUGGAAAUUUCAGCGGUAUGGACUGAUCAUGGAGUAUGCGCAGAGACCAGUGCUCGUACCGCCACUCAUCAUCUUGAACCACGUGAUCGAGUUGGUCAUUUGCUUCUGGAACAAGAUUUGCUGCUGCGGGAAGAAAACUGACCAGAAUGAUAUUCGGUCUGAUAACAGACUAAAGUUGUUCCUGGAGAAGCGCGAGCUGGAAGAACUGCUGAUUUUCGAAGAGCAUUGUUUGUUUUCCUACCAGUACAACAGGGACACGCUUUUCAACGCCACUGCCGAGGAGCGAGUAAAAGUGAUAGGAAACAGGAUCGAGUCGAUCAGUACUCAACUCGAAGAAAUAGCGAAAGAGUCCUUCACACGUGACACGUCACAAGCGAAGACGAUGACAGCCAUGAAUGGAAGACUGCGACAGCUAGAGAGAAACACCAAAUCCAUCAUCCACCUUCUGUCUGCCCGGUACGGGAUGAGUCCCUCGAGGUACGGGAUGGAAUUCGAUUCCGAGGAUGAAGACCCGGAUGAGCCUGUUCAUGGAAUGAGGAAAGAAAAGUCAAGUUCAGAGUUGAUAAGUCACUUCAAGGCCGUAGCCAGAAGUCCACACCUGCGCCAGGCAGGUAAACAGGUAGUCCACGCAGUCAAGGCUUUCCCAGAUAGAAAGGGUGAUAGCCCUUUGCCACCGUGUCCGAAAAGACGGCGCGGAAGCGGAGAAUCUCCCGCCACUUCUCCAGAUGCAGAAGUAGAAGAAGUGCCCAAGACGUCCAAAGCAAGAGGUCUCUUCUCAGACUUGACAUCCAGGCAUUCCAAACGAGCACGUGAUGAACUGGAGAGUAUGCCGACAGUUCACUUGAGGGCAAGACGUACCCCAUACCCUAUGAGCAACAUUGAACGUUACCCAUUGCAAGACAACCAAGUUGACUGGAAGGCAGUGGUCUUGGGGUACGAUCCUCCAAAAUAUGCAGCUGACACCAUACUACGCAGUAGUGCAGAUCCAGAUCUCCAAAGUGUAUCUGCUCCAGAUGUCCAGCUAUCUUUCAAUGCAGUUGACGGCAAUAUCAACCGACAAAGCUACACUGGACAAUAUGACAUCAUCCAAGGGUUACCAAGGAAUCCAAUGGGAAGAACUGGUCUGGUUGGCCGAGGGUUACUAGAAUACUGGGGACCAAACCACACCCAUUGCCACAUCAUAACAAGGUGGCGUAGGUCAGUUGAUGGUAGCAUUGAAAGAAGAGACAAACACCCUGUGCUUGAGUUCAUUAUCAUCAAGUCACAGGAUGGCCAGGAAUGGAAGCUGCCUGAGAACAAAUUGACAGUAGACAAGAGCUCCACAAAAGCCUUGAUUAAUAAACUAUGUGAAAGCAUCUUGUUGACCAUGGACGUGUCUUCUGAGAUAACACAACACGAAAAGAAGUCUCAACUUGAUAAACUGUUUCAAGAAUCUGGAGUGGAG